AUGCGGCAGUUGGUGGCUUUGGUAACGGGCGCCGCCAGCGGCAUUGGGAAAGCGACGGCACGGAAAUUGGCCAGCCGCGGCAUCUCAGUGGUACUGGCAGAUAUGAAUCAAGAGCUCGGAACAGCGACAGCGAAGGAACUCAGAGACAAAUAUAACGUAAAGACACAAUUCCAUCGCGUUGAUGUGACGAAAGAACCAGAGGUCAAGGACCUGAUUGAGGAGGCGGGCAAAUUAAGCGGAAGGUUGGACUACGCUGCCAACUGUGCAGGCAUUGCGGAGACGGUCGCCAACGAGGAAGAAAGCAUCACAACUGCGUGGUUUGACAAAGUCUACUCUGUCAACGCUCGAGGGGUAUGGCUGUGCCAGAAAUACCAGGCGCGACAGAUGCGAAGCCAGACGCCCAGAGCUAUCACAUAUGAUCCACCAACUGAGCAGACAGUUCCUCCGCAAAGAGGAGCGAUCGUCAAUGUCAUCUCAAUCUCCGGGCUGGUCUCAAUGGGAUUCGCCGCGUACACUCCCAGCAAGUACGCCGCGAUGGGAGUCACCAAGACCGGAGCCAAAUUCUACGGCCCGGAGGGUAUCCGCGUCAACGGCAUCUGCCCAGGCUGGACCAUCACGCCAAUGACCAACCGUAGUUACGGAGACGGGGCCGUCGCUGGAACUGCCGAGUAUGGCGAAUCCACUGUCAACAAGAACAUCACCUUGGGCCGUAUGGCAUUCGCCGAAGAGCAGGCAAAUGUUAUCAGCUUUCUUUUGAGUGACGAGAGUAGCUACAUGAAUGGUUCUUUAUUGGUGGUCGACGGAGGAUUCCACGAUAUAGUCUCGGCGUAA